CCGCGGGGCCCUUGGACGCGCGCACGGGGCCCCCGCGCUGAGCUCGCCCGGCCGGAGCGCCGGCCCCGCCGCAGGGGCGGUGAUGAGCGCCCAGGGACCACCGCCCCUGGCCGCCCCCCGCGGGCGUCCCGGCCGCCUGCUGGUGCCCGCGCGGACUAAAACUGGCAUUGCAUUGUUGUACCAGGAAGGGUCUGAACAUGCCUAUGACAUUCGAUUGAAGCUGACAAAAGAGGCUCUCACAAUUCAAAAACAAGAUGUCGUCUGUGUUAGUGGGAGCAAUUGCAGUGCAAAUCACAGAACUGUUACACUUCGCAGACAGCCUGUUGGCGGCUUGGGCCUGAGUAUAAAGGGAGGCGCCGAGCACGGAGUCCCUGUCGUCUUGUCAAAGAUUUUCAAAGACCACGCAGCUGACCAGUCAGGGAUGUUGUUCAUAGGAGAUGCUGUUUUGCAGGUUAAUGGCAUUAAUGUAGAACAUGCAACCCAUGAAGAAGUGGUACACCUAUUGAGAAAUGCUGGCGAUGAAGUGACUCUCACUGUUGAGUAUCUCAGGGAAGCACCGGCAUUCCUGAAGCUCCCACUAGGGUCCCCUGGACCAUCCAGUGACCACAGCAGUGGGGCCUCCUCCCCUCUCUUUGACAGUGGCUUGCAUUUGAAUGGAAACUCCAGUAACACAGCUCCAUCAUCACCUUCCUCGCCCAUAGCUAAUGAACCAAAAUAUGAGAAGCGCUGGCUAGACACCUUGUCAGUUCCUCUGUCUAUGGCUCGAAUCUCAAGGUACAAAGCUGGAACGGAAAAAUUAAGGUCCAGUGCAUUUGAGGUGUUAGCUCUGGAUGGAGUCAGCUCUGGGAUUCUUCAGUUUUACACAGUACAGGAGAGUGCAGACUGGCUGAGGGCUGUGUCAGCAAACAUCAGUGAUCUGACGCUACAAAACAUGAAAAUGGCAAAUAAAUGCUGUUCUCCUUCUGACCAGGUUGUGCAUAUGGGGUGGGUCACUGAGAGACUCGAAGGUGCCGGCUCUUCUCAAACCUUCAGAUCCAAGUUCCUGGCCUUGAAAGGCUGCUCCUUCUACAUUUUCAGCACUCCUCCGGUGAGCACAUUAGACUGGGUACGGGCAGAAAAAACCUAUAACCUCUGUGAGGUGCUAUUUAAAGUUCACAAGUUCUGGCUUACAGAUGACUGCUGGUUACAAGCAAACUUGUAUCUGGGUCUUCACGACUUUGAUUCUGAAGAGCAGAGGCCAUAUUGCUUCAGCGUCCUCGUUGGUCAUGGCAAGAGUCAUGUCUUCCAUGUGGAACUUGGGAGUGAGCUAGCCGUGUGGGAGAAAUCAUUCCAAAGAGCAACUUUCAUGGAAGUGCAGAGAACUGGGUCCAAAACAUACACCUGCAGCUGGCAAGGAGAAAUCCUGUGUUUCACCGUGGAUUUUGCUUUGGGAUUCACCUGUUUUGACAGUAAGACAAAGAAUGUGCUCUGGAGAUUUAAAUUCUCCCAACUUAAGGGAUCUUCUGAUGAUGGAAAAACUCGAGUAAAGCUGCUAUUUCAGAAUCUAGACACCAAACAAAUUGAGAUGAAGGAGCUGGAGUUUCAGGAUCUAACAUGUGUCCUGCACUGCAUUCACUCCUUCAUAGCAGCCAAGGUGGCCUCCGUGGACCCCAUGUUCAUAGAUAGUCAGAGCGUCGCAAGAAAAUACAUGUACAGCAACUAAAAGUGCUUCUGAUGAGUGCUGAAAAUUAAAUUAUUUUCUUAAGAAAUGAAUCUUUCCUGCACAAUGUUGCAACUUUGUGUGAUUUUAUAAUGAGCCUAUAGUUGUGAUACCAAUAAAAUAUGUCACUAGUUUCCAGAGACGGGUCGUACUUAUCUGAUGAGUUAAUCAGACUCUGUACAAGCUAAGCUGUGGUUCUGAGAAUUCAGCUUCCAUGGGAAUUGAUUCCAUCACUGACAUUCCUGCAGAUCAGGUGAAAAUGGUAUUAACGCCUCAGGCCUACUUCAUACUUGGGGAAAUCCAGACUUUAUUUUUAUAGAAUUUAGAGUGCAAAAUAUUAGAGCUCACCAUUUUACUUCCUCAAGCAGUAAAGGCUUUCUUUUAAAUUUAUUUAGUUUGCCAUCUUCUUAAGGAAGUAGUGUAUAAAAGAUUUAUUUGAGAGAUGCACAAUGGAAAUAUGUGGGACAGGGAAAUCAAUUCUAAUAAUUUAGUUUUA